AUGGCCAAUAUUCAUCGAAAUCGUGGAUGCUCUCUAAGUCAAUGCUGUCUUCACAUAUUGGUUUUUCUAAUUGGAUUCCUAGUGGUUUCUUUACCUUCUUCAUUUGUCAUUAUCCAAAGAGGAAAACAACAUUUUAAAAAACCUGACAUCAAAUAUGAAGAGACACAAGAACAACGCAUUGAAAAAGAAUUCAAUAAAAUCUAUGAAGACUUCUCUCAAUGGAAUUUAACAUUGUGUAGUCAUGCAUCAUAUCAUCGUGGACGACAUCAAAAAGUAAUUUCUAUUUCUGUUUAUGGAAAAGAAUCAAAAUUUAUUGAUAAUCAAAUGUAUUCAUGGACAACAACUAUUUUACCAUUUUUUGAACUUCUCGUUAGUGAAAUGAAUCAAUUACUGCCACAAUGGAUUCUGCGUGUUUAUAUCGAUUUUACUGGUAGUACAAAAUCCCAACGAAAACAUUUUUAUAAAUUUUCAAAUGUUGAUAUUUGUGAUAUGAAUAAUAUUCCUAUGUUUGGUUCAUCUUUACAUAAAUUUUUACCAGGUAGAAUGUGGCGAUUUUUACCAAUAUUUGACCCGUAUGUUGAAUAUUUAUUAUCACAUGAUCUUGAUUCACCAAUAGUUCAACGUGAAACAGAAACAAUCAAAAUGUGGUUAUCAAAAAAACAAGAAAAAAACUUUUUCUAUAUUGCUCGUGAUCAUAUUGAACAUAGUUCAUUUAUAUUAGGUGGACUUUGGGGUGCAUCUUUGAUACGUGCUCGUCAUACUUUAGUUAAUAUUUUUAAACCGAUGCUUAUACCAUCAAUAGUUCAGAAUUAUCACAGUAAUGGAGAUCAGAAAUUUCUAAACGAUUAUGUUGAAGACCACGUUAGAAAUCAUUCUUUAAUAUUUGAUAGUUAUUUUUGUGAAAUCCUUGGUGGUCAACCAUUUCUUUCUCAAAGACCGAUGGAUGGUUGUUAUCUUGGAUGUAUAAGACCAUGUUGCAACAAUGCAAAGAAUGUUCAUUUUCGUGGACGUAAAAUACCUUGUCCGACCAAGUGUAGACCAAAAGAUCAUCUAGAUUGGAUCUAUUGCUAA